CGACAAACGCGUAUGGAGAUACCGUCAAAGAAACUUGUUCGAAAGUCCGCGUAUUCGAUGGCCGCAGCAGCAGACACAAGUUCCAGCCACUCCAUCUCCCAUUUCUGGGACGGUAUAAAGAUGGACUACAACUUCGAGACACCCCCUUGGCCCUUGGCAACACAUCCAGCAGCAACAUCGUCAACACCAACGGGGUCCUAGGACGAGAUUUCCAGCAAGGUCAACACAUCAAUCCUUCAAAUCUUUUCGGUCACCGCCAUCUGAGGCAAAUCUAAUCUCGCGACCCAACACACCGGAAAGCACAGCCUACAACAAGCAAGGAACGGGGAAAAGGUGGAGGACAAGCCAACUACCGAUAAUCGAUAAACCCAUAAUUCUCGAGACUUCGACAGGAUGCCUACUCUCGAGUCUCACGACGGCUACUACCUGUGGCACUAUGUGCCCAGCUUGAUCGCGGCCAUCAUCUUUGAGGUCCUCUUCGUCCUCGCCACGCUCUUCCACGCGUACAAGAUUGCCAGGACAAAGGCGUGGUUCUGCGUCGUCUUCGUGAUAGGCGGUCUUCUCGAAAUCAUCGGAUAUGCAGGCAGAGCCAUCGCACGCGACCGCACCGGCGAAGUCGGACCCUACGUUAUGCAAUCCCUCACGAUUCUCAUCGCGCCCGCCCUCUUCGCGGCAUCAGUCUACAUGACCCUCGGCCGAAUCAUCCGCAGCGUCCACGGCGAGUCCCUCUCGAUGAUCCGCAUCAACUGGCUCACCCGCAUCUUCGUUGCCGGCGACUGCUUCUCCUUCCUCGUCCAGGCCAGCGGUGGCGGUCUCAUGGUCAAGGACGGCAGCCAAAAGAUGGGUCAGGAUCUUAUUGUGGCCGGUCUCGUCAUCCAAAUUGUGCUCUUUGCCAUCUUUUGGGUCACCGCCAUCGUCUUCCACAGCCGUUUCGCAAAGAACCCUACCCAGGCUUCACUGGCGGGCCACUCGCCCUGGAAGUCGGGCCUGUGGAUGCUCUACGUUGUCAGCGCGUGCAUCAUGGUCCGGUCCAUCUUCCGUCUCAUCGAGUACGUCCUUGGCGGCGACGGGUACCCGCUCCGUCACGAGUGGACUCUGUAUGUGUUCGACGCCACACUUAUGUUCUUCGUCAUGGUGGCUUUCGGAUUCCGGUUCCCGUCGGCGUUCCAGAUCCGCAAGGGUGGCUCGCAGUCGGCCUCGGAUGUGGAGAACUAUGACUUGGCGGUGGAGAGCGAGGAGCAGCACCAGCGCGGCUCGAUGCGCAAGACGAUGCGAUAGAGAAGGCCUUUGGUUGCCAUUCUCUUUUGUUUCCUGUAAGGUGGAGAUUGGACGUGGAGACUAGGACGUUGAAUGCCUAGUGUAUCUACGGAUACAGAGUACGGCUAUUGUUAGUGUGAUUGUUGGAAUCGGAAGACAGAGUUGGCGGAGUUUGAAGGGCGAUGAUCCAUACCACGAUCAUCCCGAGAGGUUAGACGAUUCAGGUCGGGUUCGCUGUUGGUGUCAGCGGAGAUAACGCCGGGAUAUGCAGAAUUACAGCGAUGGGUGGAGGGGUACCAGCCGCGGAAAGCCGGGUACCCUGCAUUACCUCAGUACCCAGUACUUUAGACGCACUAGAAUGAUGAAUGAGGAAACUGUUGCGCAUAUCGUUGGCCAGGAACCCUUCUUGCGUAAUUUCUUGAUCUUACGACUCGAUGACUGCGUGUCAAUGUCUGUCGAUUGAAGUGAAUACAUGUAUUCAUCGUAUUUAGUUCCUUCCUCCUCUAGGAGAUAUUCAACC